GGGGAGCCCAGGAGCGGUUCCUAGUGCCUGCCCCUGCGUAGACAGGAAGUGUCGAGGCCUCGGUGUCUGCAAUAACUGUCCUGCGUUGGCCAUUUGGAGUGCUGCUCAUGGCUCCAGUAUCUCGGUCCAGCUAUUCCGAGGACCCCCCAGGUUCUCAGAGGCCACGACGCAGCUCUUCUGGGAGCCCACCGUCUGCACGGAACAGGCGCUCCCCUUGGGGUGGCAGUUCCCGCCCUCACUCCCGAGGACCAGAGGGCCUCAAGCCUCCCUGGGUUGGGGUGAGCGUUGGCCCUUCUUAUCCCCUUAGCCGCGCUGAGUCUCGGGAGCGGCCUCCAGGCCUCCACAGCUACGACUUCUCGUCCUCCUCUUCAAUUUACUGUGGGGGAUAUCGCCACCACCACCGUCACCACCACUACGGGGGCGAUUGGCAGUGGGCAGAACACUAUGAGAAGGAAAAGGAGGAGAGCUAUCGGCAAAGGAGGCUGAAGGAGAGAGAGAGAAUUGGGGAGUUGGGUGCGCCUGAAGUGUGGGGGCUGUCACCAAAGUUUCCUGAGCCAGAUUCUGAUGAACAUACCCCAGUUGAAGAGGAGCUGAAGAAUCAAAAGAGUACCAAUUCAGAUUCCAGCUCUGAAGAAAAAAGAAAAAAGAAGACCAGUCGUUCAAAAAAGAAAAAAAGAAAGAAGAAGUCCUCCAAAAGAAAACAUAGGAAGUAUUCUGAUAAUGAUAGUAAUUCAGUCUCUGACACUGAUUCUAGCUCCGAUGAUGAUAAAAAGAAAGUCAAAAAACCUAAGAAGAAAGACAAGAAAAAGAAACACAGAGCGAAAAAAUACAAGAAAAAGAAUAAGAAGACUAAAAAAGAAUCUAGUGACACAAGCUAUAAAGCUUCAGAAGGGGAAUUUCCAGAAGGUAUCUGGAUGGGACAGUCAAAGACUGCAGAUACAAUGGAUUUAAUAGGCCCAGAAGCACCUAUAAUACAUACCACUCAAGAUGAGAAACCUUUGAACUAUGGUCAUGCUCUGCUCCCAGGUGAAGGUGCAGCUAUGGCUGAGUAUGUAAAAGCUGGAAAGCGUAUCCCGCGAAGAGGUGAAAUUGGGUUGACAAGUGAAGAGAUUGCCUCAUUUGAAUGCUCGGGUUAUGUCAUGAGUGGUAGCAGACAUCGCAGAAUGGAGGCUGUAAGACUGCGUAAAGAGAAUCAAAUUUACAGUGCUGAUGAAAAGAGAGCUCUUGCAUCCUUUAACCAAGAAGAGAGAAGAAAGAGAGAGAAUAAGAUUCUAGCCAGUUUCCGAGAGAUGGUGUACAGAAAGACAAAAGGGAAAGAUGACAAGUAAAGACGUUUGUUGCACAGCAGGACUUUCAACAACAAAUUUUCCAUCGCCAAAAUAAUUUGAAAAGAUUUUUCUGUGCUGUUAUACUUACUACAUUAGUAAGUCUCUCAGGGAAAAAAAAUCUGCUUUUUGAGAUAUCUUUAGUCAUUUUAUUUUUAUUUUCCAUUUAAAAAAUACCUGCACAUGAUUUUUAAAAUAUUCAAAUGUUACUGAAAGAGAGUAAAUCUGUCACUCCAGUCCCCAAUUUCCCUUCCCAAAGAAACCUCUUUUUGGUGUCUCCUGUAUCUUCCCAUCGUUUUGUGUUUAUACAAGGGCAUACUUUGCUGUAUGAAGGUUAGUUUUAUCCUGAAAAAUGUUUUAAGGGUUUUUUUCUUCCACAUUUCUUUGAUCUUUCUUUUGGAGGGCUUCAUUGCCUCUUGGAGCCAGUCAUUUGCCUCGAAAGGACUAAAAGAAUCUCAAAAAAGAACAAAGGAUUCAAUUGAGUAUAUUAUUCUGGUUGCAGUUAACAGAUGAGCUUUUUGAAAAAUAGAAGACAUUUGAUUCUUAUAAACUGAAAAGUUUAGACAGCAAAUGUAUUUCCAGUUUGGCUUUACUAAAACUUGGGAUUAUUUCCCAAUCUUUCUUUUCCAUGAGUCAUUUUCCUCAAACUGGUUUCAAAAAGGCUGCCAAAUCUCCUGGUCUGCCUGUAAAUAGGAAAAUAUUUGUAAUAUUGUCUAUAAUAUCUGUAAAGAGCCAAUAUUUCUGACUUCAUAUUCCAAACAAGAAUCCAGAUUUUCUUGGGUCUCAUGCCCACUUAAAACAAGGGCUAUUGCCAGGAAAACAGAAAGGCCUACUCCCAGAGCUACAGGUAUAGUUAGUUUAUGAGUUACAUGGGAAAAGAGUGCUAUCUGCUGAAUGAAAAUCAGGGUAAUGUUGGACAGGGAAAAUAGACAACCAACAUAUGCCUGUGGUGUUGGAUUUAAAAAAAAAAACAUGAAAUAGUAGAUUUGCUGAAAGUUGAAGAAAGUCUUGGCUUUGACUAUUAGAAACCAAGUUCUGAUUAAAGAGGACAUAGGGUUUAUAUAAAUGAGAUAUAAGAGUGAAACGAUGAAGAUUGGAGGUACUUGAGUCUUCCAAAGAGUAGAUUGGGGUCACCUACACUAACUAUCAAAGAAAAAAUGAGAAGAUAUAAAGGAGGAGCAGAACUCAUGAAGAGAAGACCAGAUCAGGAGGUACUCCAUGCACAGGAGAGUUAGCAUUGAGAGACUGAUUCAGGAUUCUCUAGGGAAGACUAGAAUAAACUCAACUUGUGGUCUGUCAUAAGGCCUUUGUUGUCAUUUAGUGAUUUCUGCCUGAUAUCUCACUGAUCUUGACAAGUUCAAUAGUGGCCAAACUAUCUCAUUUGAAUAACACCCUUCUCAAGGCUCAAGAUACUGGUAAGCUGAAGGUGCAAAGGUGGGCUUCUAGAAUCUAGCAUGGAAGUGUAAUGUGAAAGGUCACCUUCAUCCCAACGUAUGGUACAGUUGAAACUGGACCAUUCCAGCUUGAGGUUUUCCCAAAAAACAUGGGGGAAUAUUGACGAAAGACUGUUACAUCUUCAUUUUUAGAAAUAAACAAUUUAUUCCAAACUAAA